CAAAGAGCUGUCAGAAAUCUUUGAUCCCACACGAGAGUGCAUGAGCUCAGAGCUGCUGGAGGAGUUGAUGUCCUCAGAAGGUGCACGGUCUACGGAAAGUGCGGGCACCCACACCUCGGCUGGACCAUGGCGCCUCCGCGGAACGUGGUGAAGAUUGCUGUCCAGAUGCGUGACGCCAUCCCGCAGCUCAUCCAGCUGGACCAGGCGAAGCCCCUGGCCGCUGUGCUUAAGGAGGUGUGCGACGCGUGGAGCCUGACGCACUCUGAGCACUAUGCCCUGCAGUUUGCGGAUGGGCACAGGAGAUACAUCACUGAAAAUAACCGCGUGGAGAUCAAGAAUGGCAGCAUCCUGUGCCUCAGCACCGCCCCAGAUCUUGAGGCUGAGCAGCUGUUGGGUGGGCUGCAGAGUGAGAGUCGUGAAGGGCGCCGGGAAGCCCUGAGGUGCCUCAUCCCGCUGGCCUCGGACAUGACCUUUGCCAGGGAGGUCAUCAGCCGUAAUGGUCUCGAGAGACUAGGCACCAUCAUUGAGGAUGGGGACGAUCUAGGGGAGGUGUUGGCCCUCAGCCUGAGGGCCUUCUCGGAGCUCAUGGAGCACGGCGUGGUGUCCUGGGAGACGCUGACCAUCCCCUUUGUGAGGAAGGUGGUGUGCUAUGUGAACAUGAACCUCAUGGAUGCCUCCGUGCCGCCCCUGGCCCUUGGGCUGCUGGAGAGUGUGACCUUGAGCAGCCCAGUCCUGGGCCAGCUGGUCAAGAGCGAGGUGCCCCUGGAUAGGCUACUGGUGCACCUACAGGUGAUGAACCAGCAGCUGCAAACCAAGGCCAUGGCCCUGCUGACAGCCUUGCUGCAGGGGGCCAGCCCUGUGGAACGCAAGCACAUGCUUGACUACCUCUGGCAGAAAAACCUUCGCCAGUUCAUCUACAAGAACAUCAUCCACAGUGCGGUACCAAUGGGUGAUGAGAUGGCUCAUCACCUGUACGUACUGCAGUCCCUCACGCUGGGGCUGCUGGAGGUGCGCAUGCGGACACCCCUGGACCCCUACAGCCAGGAGCAGCGGGAGCAGCUGCAGGUUCUACGCCAGGCUGCCUUUGAGGCAGAGGGGGAGUCUUUGGGCGCUGGGCUGAGUGCUGACCGGCGACGUUCCCUCUGUGCCCGAGAGUUCCGCAAACUAGGCUUCUCUAACAGCAACCCAGCACAGGACCUGGAACGCGUGCCCCCUGGUCUGCUGGCCCUGGACAACAUGUUGUACUUCUCCAGAAAUUCACCUAGCGCGUACAGCCGGUUUGUGUUGGAGAACAGCAGCCGCGAGGACAAGCACGAGUGCCCCUUUGCCCGGGGCAGCAUCCAGCUGACGGUGCUGCUGUGUGAACUGCUGCACGUUGGGGAGCCCUGCUCCGAGACAGCCCAAGACUUCUCACCCAUGUUCUUUGGCCAAGACCAGAGCUUCCAUGAGCUCUUCUGUGUGGGCAUCCAGCUGCUGAAUAAGACCUGGAAGGAAAUGCGGGCUACACAGGAGGACUUCGACAAGGUCAUGCAGGUGGUGCGGGAGCAGCUGGCCCGAACGCUGGCCUUGAAGCCCACCUCCCUGGAGCUCUUCCGAACCAAGGUGAAUGCACUCACUUAUGGGGAGGUGCUGCGGCUGCGGCAGUCUGAACGGCUGCACCAGGAGGGCACGCUGGCUCCCCCUAUACUGGAGCUGCGGGAGAAGCUGAAGCCAGAGCUCAUGGGCCUGAUCCGCCAGCAGCGCUUGCUCCGCCUCUGUGAGGGGACACUGUUCCGCAAGAUCAGCAGCCGGCGGCGCCAGGACAAGCUGUGGUUCUGCUGCCUAUCCCACAAUCACAAGGUGCUGCAGUAUGGAGACAUGGAGGAGGGCACCAGCCCGCCUGCCCUGGAGAGUCUGCCUGAGCAACUCCCUGUGGCCGACAUGAGGGCGCUCCUGACAGGCAAGGACUGCCCCCAUGUCCGGGAGAAGGGCUCUGGGAAGCAGAAUAAGGACCUCUAUGAGUUGGCCUUCUCGGUCAGCUAUGACCACGGGGAGGAGGAGGCAUACCUCAACUUCAUUGCCCCCUCCAAGCGGGAGUUCUACCUGUGGACGGAUGGGCUGAACGCCCUGCUGGGCAGUCCCAUGGGCAGUGAGCAGACACGGCUGGACCUGGAGCAGUUGCUGAGCAUGGAGACCAAGCUGCGUCUGUUGGAGCUGGAGAAUGUGCCCAUCCCCGAGCGGCCGCCCCCUGUGCCCCCACCCCCCACCAACUUCAACUUCUGCUAUGACUGCAGCAUCGCUGAACCUUGACAGUGUGGCUGGCCACGAGCCACAGCUGCAGCCACUGCGGCAGCCAUGAAGGGUGGAGGGUAGAGGAGUGAUGCACCCUGACCAGCAGGUUUGCUGCAGAAAUAAAGUCUGCUUGGCUCUUGGGCUAUGUUGAGCCAGCU